UUAGUCGCCAAAAGUUUCUCAUCUUCCUUUUUUUUUUAAAGAUUCAUCUUUCCAUUUAUUGACCAAUAGAUUAAAUUAAAUAAAAAACUUAAAAAUGGUCGAAAUUUUGAGAAAUUUGUAAUUGAAUUGAAGGAGUCACUGUUUUGUCAAACUUAAAAAGCUUUCUGUGUUUUCUUUUCUGCAACACGAACUGCACAUCGUCGUCCGCCGCCAUAAACGGGUUAAAUUAAAGGAAUUUCAUAUUAUGGGGACUGAAACUGAGUCAUCAGAUAGCUCUCUCAUUCUCAUCAAGCAAGGAGCUGAAGCUAGGGUUUUUGAGACUUCUUUUGUGGGAAGAAGGUCUGUUGUCAAGGAGAGAUUCUCAAAGAAGUACAGACAUCCGACUUUGGAUGCUAAGUUGACACUCAAGCGCUUAAAUGCGGAGGCGAGGUGCACAACAAAAGCAAGGCGACUCGGUGUUUGUACUCCUGUGCUGUAUGCUGUGGAUCCUGUAUCACACACUUUAACAUUUGAAUUUGUUGAAGGACCUUCAGUCAAAGAUGUAUUUCUCGAAUUCGGAUCAUGUGGUGUCAAUGAAGAGCGCUUGGGAAAGAUUGCAUCCCAAAUUGGUGAUGUAAUUGCGAAGUUACAUGAUGGUGGUCUUGUUCAUGGCGAUUUAACAACAUCAAACAUGUUACUAAAGAAUGAUACUGAUCAGUUGGUUCUUAUUGACUUUGGUUUAAGCUUCACUUCAACUCUACCAGAAGAUAAAGCCGUCGAUUUGUAUGUUUUAGAAAGAGCCCUUGUUUCGAUGCAUUCUUCAUGUGGUAAUGUGAUGGAUCAGAUACUUGCUGCUUACCGCAAAUCAUCGAAACAGUGGUCAUCCACAAUGAACAAGCUUGCAGACGUGCGACAGAGAGGACGAAAGAGGACCAUGGUUGGAUGAUUCUGAGUUUCAUUUCGUUACUGUAGUAAAAAGAGGUGACAACCAAUGAAUGUUAUCAACAUAAUUUAUAUGUAUUUCUUAUAUGCACAUCUCUUACAAAUUAAAAAUCACAACAUUUGAACUUUGAUUUUCAUGUCCGACUUUUGUGUGUAACAAAAACUGAACUUUUCUGAGAGCUUAUUUUUAUAUCUAUACGUCAAUGGUUCAAAGGUUAUGCUUGUUA